GCCGGCCAGUCCCAGCCCAUUGCCUAGUUCCUAAAUCUUAAACCAGAUUUCAGGCCUAAUCAAAGGAAGUUUAAUUUCCCGUUAGGGGAGUCGCAUGGUCGCAGAGAUCCCCCACAAGGCCACAACCCCGCACCCUCACCGGCUCAGACGCCCGCACGCCCGUCGGCAGGCGGCCUGUCGCCGACGCCAGAGCCAGAGGUCAGUCCGCCGCCCUCCCCCGCUGCCUGGCAGUCUGCUUUUCUGCAUCUGGGAGUUCCGGCUCCUUCUGCUAAUCGUCCCAACUCUAGCAGCGUAGGAGAUGGCAGAAACCAAAAGAAGUAUGAUUACUUCUCAAUUUCCAAGGCUUGUAUACUAUCACAGAGAGGACGACAUUGAUUCUAACCUUCAUCUAUACUCUUAUGAUGUUGAAAGACGCAACAGCAGUGUCAUCAAGAACACACCCGCUGACAUGGCAAACCAUAAAGGAGUGUGUGCUGCUUAUGGAUGGAUGGUUAUGCUAGAUGAAAGGACAAAUGCCAACUCUUGUUUCCUAUUCAAUCCUAUGUCCAUGAAAAAGAUCACUUUGCCUCCUUGGAGGGCCAUGCAGUGGAGUUGUUGUACUCUUACAUUGCCUCCAUCUCACCCGAACAGUGUCGUCGCCUUCUUCGAUUUAGAUCGCCCUUUUAUUAUGUUUUGCUAUCCCGGUGAAGCGAUUUGGAGAGAGCAAGACUUCAUUGAUGACAUUGCUAUCGUUCAACCAUUCAAUCAAGUUGUGUGUCACGAAAGACAAAUUUAUUGUCUCGAUUUUCAGGGUGUCACAUUGAUAGAAUUGACACUUUCAAAUGAUUAUAGAUUUGAAAUAAGACGACAAUUGACAAUGAAGCGUCCGAAUUGGCAUUAUGACGAUGCGACGUGUUAUCAGCGCUUGUUGGUCGAAUCUCUUGGUGACAUAUUUAUGAUUUAUAUCAUCUUCAUUGGAUUCCCCCGAAAAAAAGUUCGAGAGGUCUGUGUUUUCAAAUUGGACAUGGAUAAGGCAGAGUGGAGAAGAGUGAACGAUCUAGGCGACCAUAGAGUGUUUUUUCUCAGGGAAUCAAGUGUUAUGUCAUGCUCAACCUGCAUUGGAUCAUCGGGCUCAUCUUCAGUCAGAGAAAAUUCAAUCUACUUCAUCCUACCCAAGGAGGAUGGGAUUAGAACCACCAACAUGUGUGUUUAUAAUAUCAGAGAAAAAACCUUCAAAACCUAUGUUGUUUGUCCAAAAUCUGUCACCUAUUGUCAAUGGAUCAUAUGAGCGAAACUCAUACCAAUAAGAAUUUUGGCAUGAACUUAACAUUUAAGUUGGAGUCACAUUUUUAUUAUUUCAAAUAUUAUUUUUCAUGUUAAUAUGUAAUUUU